AUUCUAUCUCUCGAAAUCAGCUAUCAUGCGGGGUAUUCAGCUGGGUCUGCGCGUGUGGGAGUUCGUAUGGACUCUCCUUAUUAUGUCCCUUGUCGGUAACAUGAUCAACGAGGCCAUCGCCGGCAACCCAAGCUCGGUCAACUAUACCAUGUUCGUGUCGGCGUUCUCCAUGUUCACCCUCUUCUAUUUGAUCCCGGCUUCAUGGAACCCGGACUGGGCUAUUCACCCAAUCAUCAUGAUCAUUGUCGACGUACUCAACACCAUUUUCUUCUUCUGCGCGGCCAUCGCUCUGGCUGCGAAGCUGCAUGUCCACUCCUGCGGCAACUUGUCGUACACCACCAGCAACGAAAUCACCAACGGCUCCAACAACACAGGGAAGCGUUGCCGUGAAGCUCAGGCCAGUACUGCCUUCCUGUGGUUUGGCUGGGCUGGAUACAUGGCUUCGACUAUCAUCUCGGUCUUCAUGUCCCGCUCGGCUACUGUGAACAUGCGCGGUCGCAGCGGCAGUGCCCGCCGCCCUGCCCGGCCCAGCAUGGCUCAGGUUUAA